AUGAAAUUGCACGAUGGUGUUGCGUUGCUUCUCUCUCCUUGGAUCUCUUCCCCUCAUAGCAUUUUCCAGAUCCGAAAUCGUUCGAGCCAGAUUUCUCUCCAUCUCACCCACUCACAGUCUCAUCUGCUCGUGGUGACGAGCAAGUCGCCUCAAGAUCCCAAGCCAAUCGUCUUCCACCUCUUCUCCGUCGGCAAUCGUAGCCGACCCGACCCGACAAUCGGAUCCUCUUCUCAGCCUUUGAACCACCGGUUUUCACUUUCGCCGCCAUGUGUAGCUAUACGGCAAUCUCCGAGCGGCUACACAGAAAUUCACUACAAUAAAUCUGCAGAUUUGGUGAAGAUGGUGUCUAAACUCAGAGACUGGCCGGUGUUUGAGAUUCUGUUUGAAGAGGUGGAGAAGUACAAGAGGAAGUUCCAGGCUUUCUCUCUAACCCACAUCCCCGGGACGAAGAACACAAAGGCGGACAAGUUAGCACGGAGUGCUCGAGAUCAACCUUACGAUGUGUACUAUAUAAACUCAGUUCCAGUGGUUUCGCUUCCCGAACCGUUAUAG